UUUGAUUGAGGUAGAGCCAGUAACGACGUCGUAAGUUCGGUAUGCUGGGGGUUUGUUGAUCCUGGGGCAGUCCUUGAUAGUUUGGAUUUUCACAAACUAUCAAGUAACAGACAACUGAUACCCCAAGUAUUCGCCGAGCGCUGGACGAUUAUCAACACAGACUGGUAAUCGUAAUAUGAACCGGUUGGAUGAUCCCCCAGGUUUAAUAAAAGGAAGGAAACCAUCUUUUAUCGGAAUGAACGGUGUUCCAGAAACUGACGAUCAACAGCGACUUCGAUUCCAGGUGGAAUUGGAAUUCGUUCAAUGUCUCGCGAAUCCAAACUACCUAAACUUUUUAGGACAGCGUGGGUAUUUCAAAGAUCCGAAAUUCAUCAAUUAUCUGAAAUAUCUUUUGUACUGGAAAGAGCCUGAGUACGCCAAGUAUUUGAAAUACCCAAUGUGCCUAUACUUCCUGGAUUUACUGCAGUACGAGCACUUCCGUCGUGAAGUUGUCAAUGCCCAAUGCACGAAAUUCAUCGAUGAUCAACAGAUAUUACUGUGGCAGCAUUACACUAGACGCCGGACAAGGCUUCUGCAAACAGCUGCGGAGCAAACACAGCCUAAUAACACUCAAAACAAUGGUAUGGUGCAGCCAAAAGUACCGUAGACUGUAUAUACUUGUUACUUUACUUUUAACAAUGCAUUGUUGAAUACAUUUACCUGCAUCAACUGUACAUUUUGUUCCUUUUUCAUUUGUAUUAUUUGUAAUGUAUUGAAUAUUUGAUAAAAUAGAAAUAAAGAAGUUUUUUUGUA